AUGGCUAGCCCUAUCAAAACAAUGUUAGCGAGCACGAGCGAGCCCGGGGACUCUCUCAACCCACAGAACUGGCCGUUGAUUUUCCGAUGCAAGAACAUUGCCAUCUUGUCAAUUCUCAUCUUCGUCCAAGGCUGGGCGGGUGCUUCUGAAUCAAUGGCAAACUCGGUAGCCAGUUCAAAAUUCCAUGUUAGUCGAACCGCUCAGAACUUGGACACGGCCAUGUAUCUUUUCGGCAUCGGGACCGGCGCUCCGUUUACGGGGCCGUUGUCCGAGACGGUGGGGAGGAAUCCGGUGUACUUGGGAGCCACUUUCUGCUACCUCUUCUUCGUCUUUGGGUCGGCCAUGGCAACGACUUUCGGAGGUCGCAUUACGUGCCGCUACUUUGUGGGCUUGUUCUCCAGCGCCACUCUGGGGAUCAAUGGAUCGAGCGUCAGAGAUCAGUUUAGGGAUGUGAAGAGAGCAUUCGUUUUCCCAAUAAUAGCUUGGGUCAACGUAAUAGGCCCUUUGGCUGCUCCUGUUGCAAGCGGAUGGUUGGUAUCCAAUCCAAGCUUGGGCUGGCACUGGCCCGACUGGAUGACUUUAAUCAUAUCCGGUGCCGCAUUCAUUAUUGCGGUGCUGUUUCUGCCAGAGACAUACUUGCCACUGCUUCUAGACUGGAAAGCAAAAGAACUUCGACGUGCAACCGGCGAUGUGCGGUUCACGUCCGAACACGCAAUGGCAGCCAAUUUCUUCAGUCGCCUGAAACACAAUGUGAAACUUGGCAUUACCUUUUACCAAACGGAAAUCAUCGUAACGGUGCUGGGCUUCUACCUGCUCCUGCUGUACACGCUGCUCUUCACCUCCCUCUCAGGCUUCGACUUCAUCUUCAAGGACACGUAUCAGCUGUCUACCGGGCUCACCGGCAGCUGCUUUGCCUCCAUUGCGGCGGGAUCGACAGUCUUCACGCUCAGCGCGCCCGGCUUAUACAACUGGGCUCGCAGCGAUACGGAACAUGUGCACGGCGCCCACGUCGAGCCCGAGUUCCGCCUGUGGCCUGCCAUUGUCACGGCGCCCAUGCUGCCCGUCUGUCUCUUCUGGCUCGGCUGGACCAACUAUCCUCGCAUAUCCAUCUGGUGCGGAUUGGGCGCCUGUUUUGUCUUUGGCAUCGUCUUGACUGCCUUUUACGUGAGCAGCUACGAGUACAUCAUAGACAGCUACGGCGAGCACUCGGCCAUUGCUCUUGCAAGCGUCACCGCCGUCCGGUAUUUGGCCGCGGGAGGAAUGGUCAUGGCCACGCGCCCAAUGUAUUCGGGCAUUGGCGUACACUGGACAUUGACAAUCAUGGGUUGUAUUGCAGCUAUACUCAGCCCUGCGCCCCUUUUACUCUGGCAUUACGGCCCCAAGCUCCGGCAGAGGAGCAAGUACGCAAAGGAUCCAUAG